AUGCUGGCUGCAGACGCGGGGUACAACGUGGUCACCUCCACCGACAGCAAGGGCGAGUACAAGAAGGGAGAACAGGACAAUAUCCUCAUCGAGUUCCUGGAGCGCGGACUCAGCAGCGAAAUUGCAAGCCGCUCCUCCUCCUCCUCCUCCUCCGAUCCUCAUCUCCAUCCAUGCCGACAUCCGCCCUCUCCCUUCUUCCCCUGGCCAUCUCCCUUGAAUCCCCGCAAGCGGUCUAGCCGAGCCCGAUUCCUUGCACCAGGGAGUGCUACUGCCGUAUGCACUCCUCCCCCUUCACUUCGGCCUUCUCCCCGCGGAUGUGGUCUACUGCCGUACAGGCUCGUACCAGAUGCCCUUGCGCUCAUCCGCACCACCCCUCUUCCCAGUUGGGCAUUGGUCCUCGCCUCCAAUGUCUCCACUGGCCGGCCCGGCACUGGCCUGGCCGCUGGGCUCCUCCAGUGUGGCCUUCCACUGUUGGUGUCUCAGGAGCUGGCCAUCACUGGCCCCUCUGAGCCACUCACUAUCUUAUCUGGCCGCCUCUACAACACUGGCGUUCCCCUGCCCAAGGCAUAUGGUGCCUUCAAGAACUGGUGUGUCAACAUCGAGGCAAACGCUCUACGCGAUCAGCUGCGCAAAGCAUCGCAUGCGCAAUCCGCACCACGACCGCCUCCCCAAUUCCGCCCGCAGGUAGCCCCAAUGACACCUGCACCCGCCCCGGCCCGACCCGCUGCCAACGAACCGGUUCCGAUGGAAAUCGAUCGCACCCACGCCCGUGGCCGCAAUAUCAUCUGCUACAACUGUCAGCAGCCUGGACACAUUGCGCGGAAUUGCGCGGAACCAAGGAAGAAGCGCACAUUCUUCAAUCGGGCCACGAUGCUCGAAGAGAUCGAGAACGGGGACAAAGACAACGAGUUCCUCAAGGAGAUUGCCGAGAAGCUGCGCGAGAAGGGUUUUUGA